CAGAUUUUUUAAAGAAGCUUCUCAGAUGAAUCAGCUCAGAGGAACAUUUCACCAGGAUACCUGAAACUAUGGAAUAAACAGAAUAAUACUUAUGGAAUUAAAAUCACUCUAAGAAAAAUGCAGUCCAUUAAAACAGAACAGGCAUCUGCUGAUACAAGUGGCAACAUGGACAAAAUUAUGACUCUUAAUUCUACACUGACUGAUGUAUCGGAUGACUUAGCUAUUGGUGAUGAAAUGUUACUUGCAGAAGGAGCCGUUACGAAAAACAAGGCUUCAGCAUGCAGGAGAAAGCGGGAAUUCAUUCCGGAUGAAAAGAAAGAUGCAAUGUACUGGGAAAAACGGCGUAAAAAUAAUGAAGCUGCCAAAAGAUCUAGGGAAAAACGGCGACUGAACGAUCUUGUUUUAGAGAACAAGCUAAUUGCACUGGGAGAAGAAAAUGCCACUUUAAAAGCUGAGUUACUUUCACUGAAGUUAAAGUUUGGUUUAAUAAGCUCUUCUGCAUAUGCCCAAGAGAUUCAGAAGCUCAACAAUUCAACAGUGGUUUAUUUUCAAGAAUAUCAGAAUUCCAAAUCAAGCAUUAACGCUUUCAUUGAUGAACAUGAGCCAACUAUUGUAAGCAGUAGUUGUAUAUCUGUCAUUAAGCACUCGCCACAAAGCUCUUUAUCUGAUGUAUCUGAAGUGUCAUCAGUAGAGCACACUCAAGCAAGCCCCACACAAAACAAUUGCAGAAAUACUGAUAAUAAAUUCCAACUCAUAAAGCAGGAACCUAUGGAAUUAGAAAACUAUACAAGAGAUUCACGAGAUGAAAGAGGGUCCUUUACAACUUCAAUAUAUCCAGGCUUCAUGGGAAGCCAUUUUAAUGGCUAUUCACAUUCCCCUCCACUGUUGCAAGCCAGCAGAUCCUCCAGCAAUUCUCCAAGGACUUCAGAAACUGAUGAGGGUGUUGUGGGAAAGUCAUCAGAUGGAGAAGAUGAACAGCAGGUUCCUAAAGGUCCAAUCCAUUCUCCUGUUGAACUUAAAAAUACUAAUGCCAUAGUUAAGGUCCCAGAGGUAAGCUCCUCUGCACUUCCUCAUAAACUGAGAAUUAAGGCAAAGGCCAUGCAAAUCAAAGUAGAAACAUUGGAUAAUGAAUACGAUGCCACACAAAAACGACUGUCACCUAUUGAUAUGUCAUCUAAAAGACAUUUUGAACUUGAAAAGCAUAAUGCACAAAAUUUAGCACAUAAUACUCACACUCCUUUCUCAAUUCAAGUGACUAAUAUCCAAGACUGGUCUCUGAAACCAGAACACUGGCACCAUCAAAAAGAACUCACUGAAAAAACCCAGAGUGACUGCAAAACCACAGAGCUUGAUGUUAAAGACAAUUCCUACAAAGUUUCUGAGACUGAAAACUUGUACUUGAAACAGGGCAUAGCAAAUUUGUCUGCAGAGGUUGCUUCCCUUAAGAGACUUAUAACUACACAACACAUCUCUGCUUCAGACUCUAGCUAAAUGACUACUGAGUAAUUAUUAUUUUAAAGGAUGUCAUUUGCAGUAAGUUGGUAUGUUUUGUAUUACGCUGAAUUUUCACUGGACUUGGAAUGUCAUUUCACUGUAAUGUUCACAUAAUGUCUGAUGGAUGAUGUCUUUUUGUGCACAGAUGACUGUGGAGAUGAGAUUGUCAAGAUCACUAGCCUUGUGUAUGGUGAAGAUGCCUGUGUACAUGCUGUAUAUAUAGUGAACAUUAUUUUUCUGUCAUUCUGUUACUAUAAAGUGUGGAAGUUGCCAGUUACAAUAAAAAAUU